AUGAAAAAUAUUGAGUUUCUUGUGGUGGUGAUAGCUACCUUUGUGGUGGCCGUCACAGGUGGUAGCUUCUACCAAGACUUUGAAAUAACAUGGGGUGGUGGUCGUGCCAAAAUCCUUGAAAAUGGAAAUCUUCUUACUUUGUCCCUAGAUAAGGCCUCUGGCUCUGGCUUUCGUUCAAAAAAUGAGUACUUGUUUGGAAAAAUUGACAUGCAGCUUAAACUCGUGCCUGGAAAUUCUGCUGGCACUGUCACAGCCUAUUAUUUGUCUUCUCUUGGACCUACUCAUGAUGAAAUUGACUUCGAAUUUUUGGGUAACAUGAGUGGUGAUCCUUACACUCUUCACACCAACGUAUUCAGCCAAGGAAAGGGGAAUAGAGAACAACAGUUCCAUCUAUGGUUCGACCCCACCAAAGACUUCCACACAUACUCUGUCCAAUGGAAUCCUGCAAGCAUCAUAUUUUCUGUGGAUGGGACACCAAUAAGGGAGUUCAAGAAUUUGGAGACAAAAGGAGUUCCAUUUCCAAAGAACCAACCAAUGAGAAUAUACUCUAGCCUAUGGGAUGCUGAGGAUUGGGCCACAAGAGGUGGGCUUGUGAAAACGGACUGGAGUCAGGCCCCAUUCACGGCCUCAUACAGAAACUUCAAUGCGCAGGCUUGUGUUUGGACUUCUUCAGGUUCUUCUUCUUCAUGUUCUUCCUCCUCUGGCCAAUCACUGGAUGCCACGGGGCAGGCCAAGCUUCGUUGGGUGCAGAAGAAUUUCAUGGUCUACAACUACUGCACUGAUACCAAUCGUUUCCCACAAGGCCUCCCUCCAGAAUGUUCCUCUGCAUGA